AUGAAAGAAGAAAUCCUGAAUUUGUAUUCAACAGAAACUCCUUUAUACUAUAUUCAAUGGGAUAAAGUUGAUGAUCUUAAGAGUAAAUUCCCAAACCUUGAUAUUAAAAAGGAGAUUAAUAAAAUCACACCACUUGAUUGCUCAAUUAAAUAUGGCUCGGAAUUGUGUUUCAAUUACUUUAAAAAUUUAGGAGCUCUAUACACUAAUUACUCCGAAAAAUAUGCGGUUCAAGGCGGAAAUAGUAGCAUUUUUAUGCAAAUGAUUGAAGAUGGUAAAUCAUUUGAUAACAUGAUUAAUACAGCAUUGGAUUAUCGAAACUAUGAAAUUGCAGAGUAUCUUAAAUCAAAUUUUGGACAAACUUUUGAUUCAAUAGCAGAAAGUAUGUAUUUCGGAAAUUAUGAUGUUGCAUCUUAUUUACUUUCUAAUGGAGAAGAUAUCAACAAAAUUUAUAUUCUCUUUAUUUUCACAUUUUUCAUUGCUUUAUAA